AUGGCGCCCACAGAUGGCCAAAUAGCCGAGUCAGAUGCCCUUAAAGCCAAAGGGAACGCAGCUUUCGGCAAACAAGAGUUCACGGCCGCCCAUAGCUUCUAUACAAAUGCUAUCGCACUGAACCCCGCCUCGCCAACGCUCUAUUCGAACCGUGCUGCAGCACUCCUCUCAAUGAACAAGUUAAACCUGGCCCUAAACGACGCAAACAUGGCUAUUAAGCUGAAUCCAAACUGGGCAAAGGCAUACCGUCGUAGAGCGAGUGUCUUGGAUGCGAUGAAGCGGUGGGAAGAGGCAAAAGAGACUUAUAAGAAGGCUCUUGAGGUUGGCUUAGAGGAGGCAAAGGGACCGCAGGAGAAGGAGGCGGUCGAGGGGGAGAUAUUGAAGUUUGUUAGAGCGAUUGAUGAGAAAAUAGCGGGUGCGCCGCAGGCGCCAUCCUCGCCGAAGUCUGUCAUCAAGGAGGAGAACAACGUCGGCCAUAUAGUCAUGAAGGAGUUCGAGCGACGUAUUGCAAACGGGGAGCCCGUGGGCCAAUGGCCGCCAAAUGGAUCAUGUCUGCGUCGAAUCUGGGUUGCAGAAAUGCAAUUCCAAAACGCCCUCAACAGUCUACACCAGUUCUAUGAAGGGCCAAUCCCCGGUGCUCCUCCAGGCACCCGUGGCAUCUUUGGUAAGGUUCAAACUAUCGAAGAACUUACCACCUCCAUUCUUGAAGAUGAUCGCGUUGCCCGCUUCGACAAUACUUGCCUCCAAAAGCUGCGCCUCUGCUUCGCGCUCGAGCAGCAGCAACGAAAUGCCAUCGGGCCCGGCCUUUCCCCUAAGGAAACGAUUAGCGCCUACAACUCCCGUCUCACCGCCGCACGUACCCAGGCCAAUGGUCUCGCUGAUCCCGUUAUUGGUGGUUGGAACCAGGUCCGCCCCGCGCUGCAGCUCAGUAUCCGUACCUCGCUGAUGAAUGGAUGCAUUUUGGGAGCACUAGGCGCGCCGGGGAGCGAUGAGCCAGAGUUCAGACGCGCAGUGGAUCUGAUUGAGGAAGCGAGAAAGAUGUGGCCGAUGGUCGAUGGUGCGAUACGAGGGCGAACUCUGGAGGAGACCUUCCUGCGUGGUGUGAAGAUCCUGCUGGCACAGGCGCUGAUAAAGUCAUACCAGCACACCCCGACCUCGCCGUCGGACCAGCAAAAAAAGCUCGAUGAUAUCAUGGAUAUUGCAAACUGGGUGAUCGAGAGCUUCAUGCGGAACCCACGGCCACCAGAGAGUGAGCGCCGACACGGCUUUAUGGGCGAUGAUGCGUGGUGGAACAUCUACUAUGCGCACUAUGCCACGCCUCUUGCAAAAGCAUACACCUUCCGUGGAUUUAUGUACAGCCAUACCGGCCUCCAAAUCGAUACCGAUCGCCAGGAGGAGUACUGUAUAAAAGCCGCACACGAGUACAUCACAGCCGCAUCAUGGAUGAGCGCUGACGAGCCCGAGCGCGGGAAUGCUAUUUGGAAUGGCAUUUUCACCAUGUGUUCCAGCGAGGCAUACUACCGCAAGGAAGACCUUCGCGUACUCGCAGAUAUGGCGAGAGGUGUUGGAAAAUGGUGCGAUGGUUACUUUCUGGAGCUUGAGGGUGCCCCUGAACAUCUCGGGACUACAGCUCUUCGUGAUGUACUCAUGAGUGACUGGUACCCUGACGAGGACGAGAAUGCGCCGUGCAUGGUCGGUAUGAUGAGAGAUAUAUGGAAAGAGAGGGUUGAGAAGUAUGGAGAAAAAGAGGAAGCAGUGGGGAGCGCUGCGAUCUGGGAGGCUGUCGAUGAGCGAUUGAGGACGCAACUGCUGGAGAAGAUGGGAUGGAAUAAUUAG